AGGAGCGGAGCCUCCUGCCUCACCUGUAACAUUUUUUUGGAUUGUAUCGAAGUUCGGUUCCCAGAGCAGGGAGAGGGAAAACAGCAAGAAAAUUCAGCAAGCGGAAGAGGGGCUUUCGUUAACAGCACUUGCCCGCUCUGUGAUACAUCAAAGUUAUUGAUUAAUAAGCAAACCGGCGAUAACUGAAACGAAAUGACAAGAGGAUUGCAAAAUUGAGAGGCAAAGAGAUUUCUUUUAAUCCUUAGGGCACUGCCAAGUCCAGUAUUUCUGAGGUAAUGUGAAUGACGUUUCUUUUAUUUCACAAUUCAAUUUUUAACUUUUUAAUGUAAUACAUCAGUUGACUUGUGGCAGGAGGACGUAAUCUGCCUGAUUUUAACCUUUUUGAUACUUCAAUAACAACACAAUACUUGAACACUUAAGCACAAACAGAAAUUCUUAAAAAAAAUACAUUAAAGUGCACAGUAGGAACAAGAAUUGCGAGAGGUGAUCUGAUUUGGCUGGCUACAACCACGAUCGUGCAGUGCAUUCCACAGCGUCUCAGGACAAUAUGAGCGAAUACUGGUUAAUUUCGGCCCCUGUGGACAAAUCGAACCAACAAAUAUGGGAAAGAAUGAACACUGUAACUGAAAAAGCCAGUUUGUCAAAUAAUUAUAAGUUCCUGAUCCCUGAACUCAAGGUGGGGACAUUAGAUUCAUUGGUUGGACUCUCAGAUGAACUCGGAAAGCUUGAUACGUUUGUUGAGGGCAUCGUAAAGAAGCUGGCACAGUACACAGCAGAUAUCAUGGAGGAUUCCAAGGAUAAAGCUCAAGAAAACCUAUUAGCUAAUGGAGUUGACCUUCAUAGAUACGUGACACAUUUUCAAUGGGACAUGGCUAAAUAUCCUAUAAAACAGUCACUACAAAAUAUAACAGAAGUUAUUGCUAAGCAAAUCUCACAGAUUGACACUGAUUUAAAAUCUCGUGCAAUGACCUAUAACAACACCAAGGGAAACCUACAAAAUCUGGAAAGAAAAGCUGUGGGCAGCCUUUUGACCCGUACCUUAGCAGACAUUGUAAAUAAGGAAGAUUUUGUGUUAGAUUCAGAAUAUCUCACAACUCUUCUGGCUUUUGUCCCAAAGUCCAACUACAUCAACUGGCAAAAGACGUACGAGUCCCUCUCUGACAUGGUGGUUCCUCGAUCAACCAAAAUGAUCAUAGAAGACACAGAGGGAGCCCUCUUUACAGUAACUCUCUUCAAAAAAACUGUGGAUGAAUUCAAAAUCAGAGCCAGAGAAAACAAAUUUAUAGUGCGUGAAUUUAGCUACAGUGAAGAGGAAUUGCAUGCCGAGAAGGAGGAAAUGACACGACUGAGUGCAGAUAAGAAACAACAGUAUGGUCCUUUGCUGCGUUGGCUAAAAGUUAAUUUUAGUGAAGCAUAUAUUGCCUGGAUUCACAUAAAAGCUUUAAGAGUUUUUGUUGAAUCUGUCCUUAGAUAUGGGCUUCCUGUUAACUUCCAGGCCAUGCUCCUCCAGCCAAAUAAAAAAACCAUGAAGCGACUACGAGAUGUGCUCAAUGCACUUUUUAAACAUCUAGAUGAAGUUGCUGCCGCAAGCACCAUUGAUGCUAACAUGGAUAUCCCUGGACUGAAUGUUAACCAACAAGAUUACUAUGCUUAUGUCUACUUCAAGAUUGACAUUGACUUAUUUAAUUUUAAGUAAAUCUUUGACUAAAUGUGAAAAUGUCACUUGGUUUUCUGUAUAGGAUGACUUUUAUAUAUAAAUAUCACAUGCACUCAUACAUAUACACAUGGAAGUGAGUCACUUGGUAAUCCUUAAAAAUGUUAAACUGAACUGAAAUAAGAUUUUAAAAUAUGAUGGUUAUGGUUUUCUUAUACAGAACAUUUUUAAUGAUAAAAUCUGUACGCUGCUGCCUUAUUAGUAAAUUUUGUUGAUUAUAAAUAAAAUAUUUCUUUAUGAGGAUACCAUUUUCAGUAAUUUCUGCUAUCCAUAAUAACUCUCAUUUAUGCUUUUAUUUCGCCCAGUUGUUCAAAGUUUCAAUCAUUUAGCAUCAUAUCCAUGGUCAGUGUUGCAUUUAUGUUCUUUUUACAUCAAAUAUUUAUCUAUGCACACAAUAAUUUCCUUUGUGAUUUGAAAAACAUUCAUACCAUGUCCUUUUUCCCAUUCAAAAUAAAUUGAGCAACCUCAUCGUA